AUGGUCGCCGCCGCCGCUAUCGAAGCUCCCGUCUCGGGCAGCUCGCUCGAGAAGAAGCCCAUCAAGUUCUCCAACCUGCUGCUCGGCGCGGGUCUGAACUUGUUCGAGGUCACGACGCUUGGCCAGCCCCUCGAGGUCGUCAAGACCACCAUGGCUGCCAACCGCGGGGAUGGCUUCUCCACGGCGCUGGGCCGUAUCUGGGGUCGAGGUGGUCCUCUCGGCUUUUACCAGGGUCUUAUUCCCUGGGCUUGGAUUGAGGCUUCUACCAAGGGCGCUGUGCUGCUCUUUGUUGCCUCAGAGGCCGAGUUCUACGCUCGCUACAUGGGUGCUUCUGAGUUUGGCGGUGGCAUCACCGGUGGCAUCACCGGUGGUGUUGCCCAGGCCUACGCCACCAUGGGUUUCUGCACCUGCAUGAAGACGGUCGAAAUCACCCAGCACAAGCUGGCCGCUUCCGGUGUCAAGCCUCCCUCCACCUUCCAGACCUUUAUGAACAUUUACAACAAGGAGGGUAUCCGUGGUAUCAACAAGGGAGUCAAUGCUGUCGCCAUCCGACAGAUGACCAACUGGGGAUCCCGCUUCGGUCUCAGCCGACUGGCCGAGGGCUGGAUCCGCUCGGCCACCGGCAAGCAGCAGAGCGACAAGCUCUCUGCCGGCGAGAAGAUUCUUGCUAGCGCUCUCGGUGGUGGUCUCAGUGCUUGGAACCAGCCUAUCGAGGUCAUCCGUGUCGAGAUGCAGAGCAAGAAGGACGACCCCAACCGACCCAAGAAGAUGACGGUCGGUAACACUUUCCGUUACAUUUAUGACAACAAUGGCGUCAGGGGCCUCUACCGAGGUGUUGCCCCUCGAAUUGGUCUCGGCAUUUGGCAGACGAUUUGCAUGGUUGCUGUCGGAGACAUGGCCAAAACUUAUGUGGAGAAAUUGACCGGUGACAAGGUCACGGCUAAGCAUUAG